AUGUUCAAUUCUCCACGACGAUGGAUGUUCGUCGUCUUUCCACUCCUUACAUUUUGUUUGAUUUAUUACCUCUUUCGACUGCCUGAAUCCAACCCCAUACCAGUCACGGAUUCCGAGCCAUUAUCUUCAUCUGGUGCAGAAACCAUCGUGGUAGGAGAGGAAAAGCCCGAGACAAAUAUUGCCGCCGAGAAAACAUCAGAGAAUCUCCAGGACAAAUGUGGUCAUUUGCUACACGGCCUCGACAAUGUCAUGGUCGUCCUGAAGACCGGAGCUACCGAAUCCCUCGAAAAAGUGCCCAUUCACCUCGCCACUACUUUCCAAUGUGUCCCACACUUUGCCAUUUUCUCCGACUACGAAGAAACAAACAACGGAAUCCGUACCUAUGACGUCCUCCGCAACGUCAGCGACGCAACCAUGCAAAAAGAACCCGAAUUCAACAUCUACCGCCGCCUCCAAGAAGUCGGCCGUGAAGGCCUGACCGACGACGAGUGGGGCGACGACACAAACGGACCGUUAGGCAAAGUCAACAACCCUGGAUGGAAGCUGGACAAGUGGAAAUUCCUCCCCAUGAUCGACCAGGCCCUGGAGGUCAUGCCAGAUGCAAAGUGGUACGUCUUCCUAGAAGCCGACACGUACAUGGUAUGGCCGAACCUAGUCAACUGGCUAUCCCACCUCGACCACACCCGCCAGUACUACCUCGGCAGCCCAAUGCAAAUUGGCGAAACCCUGUUCGGAUACGGCGGAGCAGGCAUCGUUCUAUCCAGCCAAACCAUGCAACGCCUAAGCAGCUACCGCGCCCGCGCCCAAGCAGACCUGGAAGUAAUGACCGCCAACGAAUGGGCCGGAGACUGUGCCCUGGCACGGGCUCUGCGCGAUGUGAACGUGGACUUGACCUGGGCUUGGCCGAUGAUGAUGACCUCACGCCCGUGGGAGAUCGACCACUUCUCCGAAGGCUACGGUCGCCAGCCCUGGUGCUACCCAGUCAUCUCCUACCACCACAUGCAGCCCCAGGAUAUCGAGGAAAUGUGGAAAUUCGACCGUGGAUUCUUCGCCAGCGGCAAAAACGCCCUCAUGCUACACGCCGACGUCUACCAGAAACUGAUCUACGAUGACUCCUUCACCGUCCGUGAUGAUUGGGAUAACCUCUCCGGCGCCAAGAUCGACUUUGCUGCCGGUGUCAUCCCUACUGCUGAUAUUUGUGCGGAAGUCUGUGCUCGCAAUCAGGAGUGCUUGCAGUACACCUUCAGUGAAGAAGAUCGCGUCUGCAAACAUGCCCCGACCACCUUUGCAGGUGUCGCUAAGAACGGCACCCAUUCCGGCUGGAUGGGUUCUCGCGUGCAGAAGCUUCUGAGAUCCUUCCAGCAUUCGUGUGCUGAGGUUCAAUACAUCUACGUCUGA